GACCGCCUCUUCAAGAAAGGGUUGUGCCAAAUUAAACCUUAACGUGAUUCUAAAGAAGGAGGUCUAUUUACCGGAAUUUCGUAAAAUACACGUGAAAAUGUAGCCUAACGCAUCCACUAUUUUUAAUUGGACUAAACCAGUAUUUAUAAAGAUGCGUUUUGAAGCUCCUUUUCGUGUUUUGGUAGGAGGUUUUUGCCGUCCUGUGAAUCAGAUUGUAAGCGUGUAAUGGCGCCAGUAAUUGGCUUAUAUUACUUUUUAAUAUUGACGUACAGCUAUUUACUUAACAAUGGGAUGAUUAUUGCAAGCAGAGUGGAUCCUACUUUUCGCCUCGGAGGAGCUAUUCAGAAAAGCGUUGCUCGAGACCGAAAUGCGGAGAUUAGUGGUUUCGGCAGGUUACAAAUGGGCCGCAGCUCUCUGAUGCCGCCCAGUGCUGGGAAUGCGACCAACACUAUCGAGGCAGCUAACGGGAGUCUGGUUUACGGUCAUGGUUACCAGUCGGACCAGGUUCUUUACGAAGGUGCUCAGGAGAGACUGCAGCAGGAGAGACUGCAGCAGUUGGGGCUGUCAGUGCAGUGCAGACAUGAUGGGAUGUCCUUGAAAUUAAAGGGAAAUAGGGUUUCCCAUUUGCUGGUGGACAGAGAUGGUGCCCCACCAGUACCCCUGUCACAGCUGCCUUCCCACUGUGGCUUCUCUGUCAGACGGGCACGACGAGACGUAACACUGGUGGCUCCCUAUAAUGGCUGCCAUGUGACCAGACAGCGUGGCUAUUAUACCCUGCCGCUGCACGUCUGGGGGAUUCCUGUAAUGAUGUCCUGUCCUGUGAGUUCCUCCUCCUCCUCUCCCCCCACGAUCUCCUGUGGCUCCUCCAGUAUGGUGGUUAUGCUGGAGGGGGCUGUAGCAGAAGAGCUUAGUGUAAAGGUGAGUGGCUCAUGGGAACCCCUGCUGGCAGUCUGUGGGAAAUGUGGUUACAAUGUGGAUCAAGGCCCUGGACAGCUGCGUAUCACUGUUCCCUUUACCACACCCUGUGUGGGGCUGAUGGACUCGGGCCCCUCCUUGAGGCUGCGCUCUGCGGGUGAAGAGAUGACCCUGGUGUGCCCUUUGACAAGUACCCCUACUCCAGCUACACCUUUGCUGUAUUUCCCAUACUAUACCAUUACUACUCCAGCACCUACCACUGUCCCAUAUCCUAAAAUUCCUGCAUUCUACCCAUGGUUUCCUUUUAGCUUAAAAGCUCCAGUUACAACUGUUGCUCCCACUGCACGUCCACCUGUGUAUCCCCUGUUUGCUCCCUAUCCCAUCCCUUACUACCCAGUUACCCCAAAGCCGCCUACUACUGCCUCCAAAUACCAAUUGUACCCAAAACCCUUUCAAUUCUGGUAUCCCAUGAUGGGUCCAACUACCCCUAAGCCUACUACUGCCUCCAAAUACCAGUUGUACCAAAACCCCUUUCAAUUCUGGUAUCCCAUGAUGGGUCCAACUACCCCUAAGCCUACUCCUGCCUCCAAAUACCAGUUGUACCCAAACCCCUUUCAAUUCUGGUAUCCCAUGAUGGGUCCAACUACCCCUAAGCCUACUCCUGCCUCCAAAUACCAGUUGUACCCAAACCCCAUUAAAUUCUGGUAUCCCAUGAUGGGUCCAACUACCCCUAAGCCUACCACAGCUACCUCCAAAUACCAGUUGUACCAAAACCCCUUUCAAUUCUGGUAUCCCAAAAUGCGUCCAACUACCCCUCAACCUACCACAGCUACCUCCAAAUACCAGUUGUACCCAAACCCUUAUCCCUUCUGGGCUCUUAAGAGCCCUGUAAUUGAUCCAGCUACCCCCAAACCCAUUACUGCUGGCUGCAGUUAACAAUUUUACCAAAUCCCCUACUGAAUUUUCUAGUAUCCUAUGGUCAAGACCUACUGCCACUUCCCCUAAAUCCCCUCAGCUAGUCCACUCUAAUCAAUGUUCCAAAGUGCCUUCUGUAAGACUGCUACCCCACUACCACCCACUGCAAUCUCUGCUAGGCUUUUUCCCACAGCUUGCCUGAGCAGCUGUGAACCUUAAAUGGAAUGUGGUUUAUAUUCAACUGCUAUUGUUACUCUGCUUUAAAUACUUGUAAAUAUUUGGGGAAAAUUAAGAUUUGCAUCAAAUUGAAUGGAGUACAUCCCAGCUACCAUUUCAUAUGAAAUGCUUUCCAGCUGUCAAAUUGUGUGUUGCUGAAUAAAAUUGGUGAUAUUUAACUUGA